UGCUGCUGAUCAGAAUCCAAUCUCAGAAAACAUUCUAAAUUCCAGGUAUUUAGCUCAGAAUCACCAAUAUUCUUUAUUCAUCUCAGCCUGUGUAAGAGUGUGGGUGAUGUGAGGCGUUUGUUUGGUGUUUGUUUGUUUGGUUUUUUUUUUUUUUAAAUAGGGUAAAUAUUCUUUUAGGUCUCACUACUGGAACUAAGCUCACUGGUGCAUGACAAGAUUCAGAAUAUGAUUAAAAUUAAAGGAGACUUGCAGGCCACCAAGGAAGAGAUAAGGAUAGCAACGAAUUCGUUGGACAGAGACAGAUUGAUGAGCAGCCUGAACAGCAAGUUGUGGUCUCUGCAAAGUGAUAUACAAACUCUACAUGAAAUCUGCAGGAACCAAGGAAGGACCUUGGAAGUGGAAGAGCUCUCCAUUCAUGAGAUGGAAAGCAAUAUAAGCCUGUGUAAGCAGCAGCUGCAAGCAGAGUUUGUGUGCUGUAACCAGGCCCGUCAGAUACAACUCCAUCAACUAAAGGAAAAAUUGCUGACCCUUCAGCAGGAACUGGAGAUUCGCACAGAAGAAUUACAGUCUUCUUACUGCUCACUCUUACAGUAUCAGUCCAUCCUGGAUAAGCAGAGCUGUGACCUAGAAAUGCUUCACCAGCACUGCCAGAUGAAGGAGGAUGAGGUCACAAUCUAUGAGGAAGUGAUGGAGAAAAAUAAAGAAGAUAAUGUAAGACUGCAGGAGAAACUCCAAAUAUCUCAGGAACAACUUGCCUUGGCUGAAAACAGGAUCACCUCCCUGGAAAGCAGUUUGAAUCUUUACAAGGAUAAGUAUCAGGCAGCCGUGAAUAGCCUUGAAUUGCUGGAGUGUCAAAUGAAGGCCUUAGAAGGAGAUGUCAAAAUCAUCUCCACUCAGGGAGAAGAUGGCAAGAAGGAUCAGCCAAAGGAAAGAACUACAGAAUGUUUACUCUAUGAGCUGAAGGAGACUCAGAAGCGCCUGCACGAUGCAUUGAAAAAUGGCACUGAACAGGAAGAAGUUCUUCAGGAGCUUCGCCAUAAGCUCAUUUGCAGCAAUCUUAAAAUAUUGGAUCAUGAAGAGACUCUGAUAAAAUUAGAAGUGGACUUUGCUACCUAUAGAAUGUCCCACAGACAACUUUUCUGCCCUCCAGAUGAGUCAGAGGAUAUCAAACAGAUCUUGGCACAUCUUGAAGAGCAGUGUGAAUACCAAUGCCUCCGGGUAGAAGAGCACCAGUACCUUCUGAGGGACAUGAAGAAAGAACUGGAAAGAGUGUCAGAGCAGAAGAAGAAGAUCAUGAAGGACCUCAUGAAGCUGGAGUUAGACAUGCACAACCUUUUGCAAGAGACAGCCACCCAAACAGAGCGUAAGGAUGGAGAAAUGAAGGACCUAAAGGAACACAUAAAGAAUCUGGAGGGCCAACUGAAAGAGUCCCAGACACUCUGUUUAGAGAAGGAAAAGGUCAUUCAGGAGAAAGACGAAGACCUAUGUCAAAAAAAGCGGGAAAUGAUUGAAAUGCAAAAUACUCUUGAAGCAAAGGACUCAGAUUUACAGACGCAAAAGGCCAAAGUGGAAGAGGUAGAGGAUGCCCUCCAGGUGUUGAAGGAUAAAGAGGAAAAAUGUGAGACUCAAAAUGCUGCCCUGGAUGCUCAGAUCCAGCAGCUUCAGUGUAACCUGCAUGAGACCCACCAAGGACAGCUGAUAAUGGGUGAGUGACUUACAGAACGAGCAAGACUUGUAGAACAGUAAGCAACUCUCCCAAUAAAACACUAACUCACAUUUUUUAUAAAGCUUUCAUGUUUACAAAGGACUUUCCUUACUAUAGCACAUGAGGUAGGCCACCUAAACAGCAUCCCCAUUUAACAUAUGGAGAAACUCAGAUCAAGAGAGGCUCCAUGAUUUAUCCAAGUUUACUAGCAUUUUCUUCUCUUCCCUUAGAGUCUUAAUUCCACUCUCAUCCACUCGACCUUUGCUUACCUCUCACUCUCUGUGAUCUCACUUUAUGGAGAUUAAGACUGACCAUUCUGAGUGUCCUCAAGAGCCCCCCUACUUCACCUCAACAUAUCACUGUCUUCAUUCCCAUUUUCCCAGUAUUGCAGGAAAAGCUUCCAUCUUCCACUCUAAAACUAACUCUCUUCCUGUCUACCACCGAUUCAGUCCAAUGAUCACAUUCAAGGAUCAUUCUUUCCCACUGUUUAAACAACAAUACAGUUUAGAACCUAAUUGUUCUCCACCCCUCUUCAAAAAAAUAAACAGCCCUUUCUGAGUUUUUCAUUUCUGACAUUUCUCCCAAGCUAGAAACCUUGAAACCAUGUCUUGAAACAGUCUCUUCCUUGUCCUGUUGGCUACUAAAUCCCAC